CUGUGUCUCGUGCAGAUCUCACAGUACAAGAAAAGCGUAAUCUUGACGGUCUCCUCGUUUAUCGUCCCCUCACUGAAGCCAACCUGUCACAUAACCAAGAGAAGCAUGAGUGGCAGGAACCGGUCCUGUGCUUCGGCCAACCAGGUGUGCCGUGCCUCUUCCUUCUCCAAGCAGCCACCCCGUGUGCUGAUUAUUGACGCAUCGCCACCCUGGUGGUCAGAGACACGUUCUGUUCUGUGUGAAGCACUCGAGAACUUUUUCUGUCUGUCAAGCAGUCUGGAGGGACCCAGUCGAGUGCCUCUGCUCAGUCUCUAUGCAGUCGACAUCCAACAGGAGUGCCUUCUGCCUUUUGUGCAGGUGAAGGGUAAUUUAGUGCGUUUGCACUCUUGUGUGGAGGAGCUGCGCUCGUUGCCUAUAGAAGGAUGUACUCGGCCACGGUCUGAGCUCCUUAAGCAGGCCGUGCUGGACAGCCUGCAACAGUACAAACAAUACACAUGCCAUGCCACACUAGGGAGGAACAUCACGGGCAGCUCUGUAGAGGUGACUAUACUGAGCGGUGAGCCGGGGCGGACUGUGCUCAGACAGCUGGAACAGGGCCUAAAGGGCUCAGACCUGGUAAGUCUGCGCCGGCUGGCGGUGGUGCACAUUGCUGUGGAGCAGAACCUUUUAGACAGAGAGCCAGGCUGGAGCCCAGAGUGCUGCUCUGCAGAUGCUACGGAGCAGCCAGAUGAGGAUCUGAUGUUAGUUGCAGAGAUGGACUUGCAGUUAGUGGAGAACAGCGUGCUUGCUGUGGAGAAUGUCCUAAAGACAUGGUUGCAUGACCAAUCAGGAGAAAGAGAGCACCUACAGCUGCUCUUACCUGCAUCUGUACAAGCACAUGGCCUAAAACCAAACCCUGCUCAGAAAGUCAACCCUGUCUGUAUAAAGUGUGACAUGCUUGAAAGACUUGUGAGCCCUGCGCUUCUUCCUGGAACCCCUGACCUAGGAGCCAAAACUGAGAGUUUACGAGACUUCCUGCCAUCCAACCAGAACCUGUCUACUCGGAGUCCCCCACCACCACAACUACGAGUCAUCAAAGUUUUGCGUGCAGAAGGAGUGUGUCAGUCUGUUCUGUACGGCCUUCCAUUGAUUAUCAGACCUACAUCUUGCUGGCAGCUGGACUGGGAAGAGAUAGAGAGCAACCAACAGACUUUCCACGCUCUCUGCCACACGCUCAAAGGCCGUGAUUGGUUCCUCUUGGUGCGUUUAGAGCCUGAGUUUAGUUCUGGGCCUGGUGUAUUCUCCUACUAUGUGCUCCAGUCAUCAGCAUCUUUUUCUCUUUUACUCAAACCUAUACUCACACGGGAAUUAAUGCUACCCUGCAGUCUGUCCAUCUCACAUGAAGACCCACCGGCCAACACACUCUCUAUGGUGGAGAUGUGCCUGGAGCAGCUGGAAGAGGAUUUAGUGUUUAACCCUCUGUGUCUUAGCUGCAAUCUGUACCCACACUUGAGGAUGAGAAGUCUGCUGUCUCGCUCCUACAGCUCUCACUCUCAUAGCCAAGCAAGAGGUCAACGCAGAGACACCAACCGACCAGCAGAGGGCGCUACACCACGACAGAUGCAGCAUGGUCGUGUCAGAGCCACAGUUGCCCCACUGUCCUCUGCUCUUUCAGCCAAGACAUCCCGCCCCCCUUUGACCCUGAGCCGCUCACGACCUCGUGAGCCCUCCCUCUGCCUGGUGGAUGAUGAGGCAGCUAGCGACCUACUUAAGAUGUCUUGAGGGUUAAAAAGAGAGAGGUUUAAACCAGUUUAAGAACAGUAUGACAGUAUGGUUUUGGUGUAGGUGUAGGUGUGUACACUAAACUGGGCUAAACCAAUGCCACAUUCAUGGAGUUAUUCAUAGUUUAGAAACACUGUACACUGUAAAUAUCUGGGGUUUGUGUGUGUGUAGCUCUGGGUUACAAAGUUUCACACAGUUAGGUUCUCAGUUCACAGCACUUGAUUUUACAUACAUGUGAUUUAGCAAUGUUAGCCUACUCCUCCUUAAAAUGGAAUACAGCAGUUUUGAAGUCCUGCUUCAAAUGUUUAAUGGAGUUUAAUGGAGUUCCAAUACCAAUUUAGCAGUGCGUUUUAGAUCAUUACCUAUCAAAACGAUGUAGGUAAUAUCCAUAAUAUCUCAAUACGCGCACCAUUUAUUUUAUUAUCAGUCCUGAUCAGAUUGUCAGUUCAUGCUGCUGAAACCCAUCUUCGUAACAUGAUACAUUCAAAUUGUACAGUCAGGAUGGUGUUAGAUUCACAUCACACUGCUUACUUAGUAUUUAGGAUAAAACGAUCCAAUGUGGUCUUAACUGGCCUCACAAGAAUUUCUGCUACUUCUGCAGUGGCAUUGUGUAGUUUUAGUUAGUAAGGCAUUUUCCUUGCUACUCUAAUCAACUUUUUAGAAUAAUAUCUUAGAUAGUAGUACUUGAUGAACAUCACCACUACACAUCUACUUAGUAAAAGUGACCGUUUUUGUUGCUGUCACAGUGGCCAUUCUUAUAAGUGCACUUCGAGCAAUGAGUUUAAAGUGAAAUCCCGACCUAGGCAGUG